UUUUUUAAAAAUCCCAGAAAAAUCCCCUGCCCAGGGUUUCCCCCCAGUGGUCGUGUCAUAGCAGACACAGAACAGUCUGCACAGAUGUUAUGACUGUGUACUGCUGUGUUUCUAACUGCCGCCCUACAUACAGUGUUUCUAACUGCCUCGUAGACAGGGUGUUUCUUCAGACAAUCAGGAUUUCUUUGCUGAGAAAGCGCUGAAGCUUGAGUGAGAGGACAGCUUGAAGAUGUCCUUUGCCGGUGAUAAACUGUAUAAUGACUACAUCCGGAAGAACAUGGGAACGUUCAACUCCACGGUGAAAGUGACGGAGAUCAUGCCCCAUCUGCCCUGCCUCACUCAGUCAGACAGGGAUGAGAUAGGGGCCAAGAGGGAACAGAAGGGGAACUACAAUGCUAUGCAGCUGUUGGUGGACUGCCUGAAGAGGAGGGAGAACUGGUCUGAGGAGUUAAUCUCAGCGCUCAGGGCAUGUGAGCACUAUGCCCUGGCCCAGGUGGUCCAAGAUAAAUACAACUCUUUCUUAGUCAAUCCCAAAUCUCCCUCUCCUGCAACAACGGUAGUCAAGGCCCAUGUCCACCCAGCACCAACCCCUAAUCCGUCCCUGCCCAUUCCAGAGAGCUCUGAUGACUCUGCAUCAGCGUCUCCAGCACAGCCAGCACCUCUUGCCGAGCCAGCCCCUCAGCCCUCCCCUCCACUCAUGGCUGCUGUAGACCCACCACCAGCCCCUCAGCCCUCCCCUCCACUCAUGGCUGCUGUAGACCCACCACCAGCCCCUCAGCCCUCCCCUCCACUCAUGGCUGCUGUAGACCCACCACCAGCCCCUCAGCCCUCCCCUCCACUCAUGGCUGCUGUAGACCCACCACCAGCCCCUCAGCCCUCCCCUCCACUCAUGGCUGCUGUAGACCCACCACCAGCCCCCCUGCCCUCCCCUCCUCUCAGGGUGGACCCAGCCCCCCUGCCCUCCCCUCCUCUCAGGGUGGACCCAGCCCCCCUGCCCUCCCCUCCUCUCAGGGUGGACCCAGCCCCCCUGCCCUCCCCUCCUCUCAGGGUGGACCCAGUCCCACUGCCCUCCACUCCUCUCAGGGCUGUGGAUCCUCACCUGGAAGUUGCACCAGCAAGCCCAGAGAGUCCUCAGCAGCAGGCGCAGAGCAGUGUAGCCCCUAGCGAUCCCAAACCUCCUCCACCUGCAACCCCCGUAACCAUUGAGAUUCCACCCCAAAGAGCACCCUCUCCUCCAGUCGCAGUCCUGCAGGAAGUCCCCACUGAUGACACACUAACCUCACGCGAUGACAGUGCACUGGCCAGCCAGGUGGCAGGAUUUGACCUUGGGUUGACCUCUGAAGCUGUUCGCCCCACUGAUACACCCGCGUCCUCCCAGGCUGACCAAAUCCCAACAGCCCCUGUGGAAGCCAGCCAAUCACAAAGGACUCCUCCAGGCCAGACAGACUCAUCGUCCACCACCGAACCUUCUCCAUCCCUGGCCAUCUCAUCCCUGGAUCAGAUGAAACUCCCGGUCCAGGACACCGCGCCCCUGAGCCCGGUUGUGCUCUUCCCGGCCCAGCAGCCAGUGGAGGACUCUGAUCCCACCAUACAGGUCACGAGUGAUUAUGAACAGGCAGAGGCUCCCCAACCCCUGUCCCAGCCUGUCUCUGAACCCACAGUCGCCCCCUGCUGGUCACCAGUGGAUGGUGCAGAUGGGCCAGUCUCCACCCUCAGUGAUGAGUACUUCAGCAAGCCUGCGCCUCUCCUGAGCACCCCCCGUUACCCUGACAGCCCCGCUACAAAUAACUCCAUCCCAGAGGCGCCCUACUCCUUGAACUCCGGAUGUCUGGAAAUAAGUGGCUCAGUUCCAGGCCUUGACCCUGAGUCUGCUGCCAGAGCUCCUACAGUCUGCUCUACUGUGACAUCUGACCCUGAGGUGGCUGCAAACCCAGGACCAUGUCAGCAGAAUGGAGUUCUCGAGGAGGACACAUCCGUGUUCCAUAAUGAACCUGAGGAGAACCACUUUGAGUCCAACUGCCAAAGCUCUUUAGGGGAUCAGGAAGUUCUAACCAACCUGGUCCAUGUUUAUGAGGAACCAUCUGUCCUGAACCAUGAAGGCCAAACCCAGAGCAUGAUGGGUAAUGCUGUAAGUUCAUUUGAAGAUCCACCUGUUAAGAAUAAUGACAGACAAUCCCAGAUUAUACUCGGAGAUGGCAUCCCUGAGUCUGAUGACCUAAAUGAGAGCGUCCAGAGCAACGCUGCCUGCAUUGCUGACGACUCAAAAAGUCAAAUCCUCAACGGCCAAGCAACAAAGGAGCUUAUUUCUGAUCCUCCCGUCAGCGAUGUCACUAUAUCUGUCAUCGCGGCCUCCUCCAGUGAAGACAGCCAGAACUCUGAGCUGGAGGAGGCCUUGCUGAAGCAGGAGACCCAGUGGCAGGAACCACAGGAGGGGGGAACCAUUCCACUAAAGAACCCAACUAACCCAAAGAACCAGAAGAACUAUUAUCUCCUGACGGCGGCAGCUGUGGGGGUCUCGGCUCUCUUUGUAGCAUGGAGGCUGAGGAAUUAAACAUGUCUUAGGAAAGAUGGAGUUUGUACUUUGAAAGAGCGUUGGCACUGUGCCUUACUGUAAGGACUGGAGCAUAAAGGUGAAGCGUUUUUCCGAGAUGAUGCAAAUGCUUAAUCUUUAACUGACAUCAAACAACAGGAAGCCUGCCUUGUUCAGAACUUAGAAUCAAGGAAUAGUUAGAAACUUUCCAAAUGCUCGUGUACAGAGUCCAAACGCAGCACUCUGCUAAAUCAAAGUGUGUAUUUACAUGCUUCACAGAUUGUAUUUCUAGAGCUUGUUGAGAGGGUUAUCUGAGGCCAGUUGUGUGUCCAGGGUUAAGGGUUUGCACCCUUCUGAUAGCGCUAUUUAUUCACACACUUGAGUGAUGUAAACUGCUGUCGCUUACUUUGGAGAAAAGGGACUAUGCUGAUACCAAGUUGUUUUGGAUCUGCUGCUAGGAUGCUGUCACAUUAUUCUACUACCUGCCAAUAAUUUGACUUCUCUUUCAAUUAUUUUAAUGUUAAUCACAAUUCGUUACAGCCAUAUUAUCUUUAUUAUUAUUUAUUUGUAGUUUAUUGAACAAGGCAAGACAUGGUAUGAAAGAUUUAUUGGAACACCCUGUUAUGUAGAGAUGUAUUGUCAUCUCAAAUGAUAGUGCAGCAUUAACAUACAUUUGUAUUAUUAUUAAUAUACUGUAUACUGUACUUUAUACUAUACUGUACACUAUGCAUUCUACUUUUAUUUGAGAUAUAUGUCUUUGUAAAUUUGUAUUUUAUUGUCAUUACUAUAGAGAUAAGAUUAUAUUCUUUAUUUUAAAAAAUCAAUUUGGAUUUGUCUAUAGUAAAUGUAUUAAAUAUUAUAAAUUGUAGGAUGCCCAAGUAGACUGUAGGUCUUUGUGUGAUACGCAAAAACUCUUGAGAAGCUUUAAAUUCAAUCUGUACGACCUGUUGCACAUUCAAAUACAAAUCAAUAAAAUUCUUUAUUUUAUUCAA